AUGCCCUCCCGCCCCCGACCGACAAAGGUUACAAAGCUCAAUGGAAGUGCUCGUAACCGCAAGCCCCUGCCCGAAGCUGCGCAGCAAGAGCUAGAACACAACAACUAUGCUGCUGCCAACGGAAAUGCCAAUAGCCACGGUCCAAUUGACACUCCUGCACCCUUUGGUCCUGGUCACCUGGUUCUUCCUCUUCGCCAGAACAGUCCUCUCCCCAGCAUUGGCGGAGGUGAAGACCGCGACAGCUUUGCUCUCAUACCCCACGACGCAAAUCAUUAUCCAGUGCUCAGCCACCAACGGCCCCCGUACGCCGCCGAGCUCGCCUACUCGAAAUACGGCGACGCCGUCAAGCUCGAGAGUGCGCUCUGCAAGAAGGUGGCCGGCGAAGAGGCUAAACGACCGCCCACGCAACGGCGCCCUGAUCAGAAGCUCAAUAUUGAGCGCCGGAGCAACAUGGAGGCAUUCCUCGCUCAUAUGACGGGCCAGGUGCCGGAGCGGCCGUGCAAGAAUUGCCACAAGGGCCACGGUCCGUGGACGGAGUGCGUUGUCUACGACGGGCAGAUGUGUGGCAGCUGUACCAAUUGUUGGUACAAUGCUAGCGGCUCACGCUGCACGUAUCAUGGCAGCGGUACUGCCGCCGUCUCUGCCACUUCUCCCGCCGCACCGGCUCUAAAUGGCAUCCCGGAUGCUGCACCAGCAGAGGCAUCUCAAGAGGAUGGAAGCAACAUUCCAUUUUAUGCCUCCCCCAAAGACGACCUCAAGCCUAUUCCAGACUGGGCGGCGCCCCAGCACGAGAAUGAGAGCAAUGUCUCCUCGCAGAGUCAGUCUCAAGGUCCGGAGCCUCUCCCUGUCCACGCACCGGAACAAAUGGACUACCACCAAUCACCGGUGCCUCACGGACUGCCCAGCGUAGGGUUAGUUCUCGGCGGAGGCGGCUACGACAUGACCUCGGCCGCUCCUUGGACCGUUUGUGACCCUACACGCCGACUCAUCCACCAGGCCAUGGGUGAUGUGGCCAUGCUGACCCGACGAGACCGGUACAUUGCCCGAAUCGAAACAGCAGCCGAGGAGCUGGCUAUGCGCAUAGCCGAAUUCAACGAGUACUCGAGGACUCCAGAGGGCAUGGCUGACUUGCAGCAUUUUCAUGAGACUUCGAGCGCACACAUGAUGGCCCCAGGCCACACGCACGAUGCACGGAUGGAGAACAUGGACACCGAGUCGGCCCAUAGCGGCAGAACCAUGCCCUGA